UAGAGCUAUCACGCUUGCAACCGAACGCGUUUGAGCACCUGCUGCAUGUUGUUGUCUCCAUUCCCUUGGGACCCUGGAUAUAGACACAUAUCGUUUCUACUGUGAUUGGAGGUCACAUUCUUCACCAACAUAUUCAGCCAUGACGGAACGAACGGCCGCUAAACAAGCCCAAAUGGAGGAUGAUGCCGUCUCUCUCACUUCCACUCAGGAGUCAGAGUAUGAUCCAAUGAAAGAAUUUAUUGUCACUCGAAUACUUGCGGAGAAAUUACAAGGCUCCAAGCGACUCUUUCUCAUUGAAUGGACAGGCUAUCCGUUGGAGAGGGCCACUUGGGAGCCCAAGGAUCAUAUCAGCCCAGGGAUUCUAGAUGCAUGGGGCCUUAGGAAGAAACGAGAGAAACGAGGAAUCAGUCCUCCUUUUGAUCUCGUAGAGUGGCAAGCAACGCAGAACCUUAUAGCAAAGGAGAGAGAGCACCGUAAGAAGCUUCGAACAGUGAGGAGGAGAAGUCUCGGAAUGGCAGUCCCUCUGUCUGAUUCUGAUGCCAAUAUGGCAGACAAAGAUGAUUCCUCUGAUGCUGAGGCAAUGGAAGACAAUGAAGUUGAGGAUGUUCCAGCUACAGCUACAGCUACCAGUUCCACUAAUCGAAAAGCUGAAUCGCCACGAAAGCCCACCAAGAAGCCUAUGAGAUUUUUGGUCCGAGGAUCUGAAAUUCAGCAGCUUGACGAUAAUUCCCCUGGUGAUUCUGAUGCUGAGUCACCUCGAACAAACGUUCAGUUGAAAGUCCGAGAUAAUACUACAGUAGCUUCAUCAAGAUCUGAAGUUGAGAGAUCAAAGGCACCAAAGCAAGUAAAGGCGUCCGCAAAAUCUGAAACAUUAUCGAGCUCGUCAUCGGACGAGCCAUUAAUGCUCAAGAAGCGACAAAAGAUGCCGAGCCCUCAGCUGUCUACGCCAGGACAACCUAUUUCAGAGCUACCUGCUUUGGCCCAACCUCAUUCCGGACCAACCGAUGUUAGAGAGUCUAGUAUGGGAAGCUCUAAUUCAAGACAACCUACUCCGGGACGACCUCAGUUGGUAAGAUCCAGUUCAGAACAGUCAAGCAAGAAUCAGUUCAACCAGGAACGCCCUAAUUCGUCUUCUUCCAACUCAUUGAUGUCCGGAGUAACACCAGAUUCUGAGUUAAGCCAAUUGUUCAUGGACGACUCUCCAACCCAAACAGAGAAGAGACCUCGUGGUCGACCACGUAAAAGAGGUAACAUCGCCACUCGUGGAGGAGCUACAAUCGUACGCAGGAAUGUUUUCGAGUCAGGAACUGGAACAAAGGCUACUCGUGGUCGAAAACCGGGCACAAAUCUGCUCAGAGUCGCCACGGAUUCUAGAGAUCCCAAGAUGGCCCAAAACAUGCAUUUGCGAAGGAAGUUGGAGCUUCAAGCAAGAGAGAUUGCUGAAUCUGCUCCUGACCUGUCAGCAAUAGGAGGUCUCUUCAACCCUUCUGAUAUGUCGUCGGUUCAACCUGUCAGGCCGGCAACACUGCGUAAAUCAUCUUCCUCUCUUCCCACUACAAAAGACCAGACAGACCGAGGAGUUGAUGCAGACCUUGAUGAUCUGUUCGAAGAAAAGAGUGUCACUCCUCUUUCUACAAUCCGUCCUCCAUCCACUCUGUCAAGACAAUCGACGCGUCCGGUAUGUUACUUUUGGGACAAAGCUCAGAAAGACAGCAAAAGCAAAGGAUGUAGCAACGGCUAUCUGUGUGAGUACCACCACGAAUACAGGCCUGGAGCAAUAGUGGCACCACCUCCUCUAGGCUUCAUCGAAUUUUCAAACAAGCCAUCAGAGGAUCCCGUGCACUAUCAAUCAGUUUGUUUUUUCUGGGACAGGGCGCAGACGGACAGUCGGUGGCCAACUUGUGACAAAGGCUCCUCUUGUACUUACCUCCACGAGUACAAGAUUGGAGCACCUGUAGCACAACCACCACCGAACUACGUCUUCAAGUCAGACAAUACCUCAAAUGCUGCUGCUCAAAAGCAAUCCGAGACGAUGGAUGAUGACUUCGUAGCAUCCCCUCCUCAUCCACCAUGGAACAAGAACGCAUUGGCAGCUCAAAGCUCCAAUAGGUCAGCUCAAUUUGCGCGUCAACGCGAGCAACAAUCUCAAAACUCCUUCAACAGUACUGUUACGUAUUCUUCAGCUCUUCCAAUAUUGCCCCCAAGGCAAGCCGCCUCUACGACCGCCUCUGAAGCCAUUUCGACCUUAAUGAGCACACCACUCCUCCCAUCGGUGGCCAAACCUGUGGCUAGGCUUGAAGAACGGCCCCUGUGGGACCCUUUAAACCCAGAAAAUGCGAUAUGCCAUUUCUAUUAUCAAAAUGGCAAAUGCAUGAAAGGGGACAAGUGCAAGUAUUACCACAGUAAUGAUACACGCCUUCCAGUCAUACCAUCUCUCGACGAGCAACGCAGAAUUCAGGCCCGCAUCACUUGUAAGAAUUGGUUGAACAACAAUUGUCACUUCACAAGCACGGAAUGCUGGUAUCUUCACGAGCAUACCUCGACCAUGCCUCCGAAACCCGAUGUUCGAAAACCCGAUGCUCGAGAAGCCGUAGUACUCCCCGAGAAGAAAUCUUCAGCCUUGCCUCCUCCAAGCGAUUCUCGCAAGAAGUCUGUGAAGUUCGUGCUCGAGGAAGAGGACAAAGUCUUUAGUGAACCAGAACCGAUCUCUCCUGCCAAAGGCGCACGCGAGGUCAACUCUUCUCACAGAUCCCGGGCAUCAAAUGAAACAGUUUGCACAUACUGGCUAAGCGGAAACUGCCGGUAUGGAUUUAAUUGCUUCAACCUACAUGAAAACAGAAGCAGACAAUAUUCAGAUGUUGAGAUGCGUGAUCGAGAUGAUGGAUUUCAAGAUCGAUCUCGACGAACAGAAUCGUUGAAGGGCUACAUACACAGCUCCAAAACUCCACCAACCCCCAUAGACCAAGAUAUGUCCGGUAUGGAUGCUGAAGACCCAUUCUCCACUCCGUUAGCUCCCGUCGUCAAUUCAACCACCAUUCCAGUAGCAUCAGUCGUGUCUAAUCAAGGCACUUCUAUCGAAGAAAACCCAACUCCAGUACUGGCCCCGAAGGUCCCACGUAAAAAGGUAUCUGUUGCUGAGUAUGGACGAAACCAAAAACUGAAGAAAAUCGGUUCUAGAGCCAAAUUAGUCUUCUUUGGCUAUGAUGAGUCUCAACCUGUCAACCUUGACUUUGGCGACAUGCAGCACAUAGAAGAUUCGCCCUGGAAGAGACUCUUCACAGACCUCGACAGAGUCACCUUCAGCCAGAUGUGUAUUGCAAAAGAUUUCAAGACAAUGCAAGAAUACCUGAAGAGACGUGGUAUACUCGCAGGAAGUCUUGUUGCGACUGAUGCUGAAGAUCAACAAAUCCAGAAGACUAUUGAGAAAAUCGGAGAAGAGUUGGUAGUUAGAUCUGCUGGAUUGAUAGCUUCUUUUUCUGGAUUUUCUAUUCUCCUCUUCCCUGCAUCAAGGGAAGAAUGGAGAUUCCUCGAGGCAUCGUCCAAUUAUCCGAAAGAAGGUCGGUUAAAAUACUUUGUUUUCGAAUCCAACUUGCCUAUCGAUCGACCUGAAAGCAGCGAAUCCAAAGGCAUGAAGCUUGGCGAGCCUUACCGAAGACUAAUGAUCAAGAUGAUUCAUGGUCUAGAUAUAAAGGAAUUACUUCCUCGAGUCGAAGCUGGACAAAAUCCUUGGAAAUUCUACCUCUUGUUCCCUUCUACUUUGAAGCAUACUUCAACCUUUCUCGCUAGAUGGAUCAAAGACUGCAGCGCGCAGUCGAAGAUCUAUGAUGGUCAGACAGAAGGCUCAUGGGACUACUUCAGGAAUACUCAUGAUGUCGGCGUGGUUUUAGUCCACGAGUCUGUCGUGGCAAACAUUCAUUGUCUUCCACAUCUCUUCGAGGUUGUUUCUAGGAAGCCCUUUGUCUUUUGGUGUAUUUCGGACAGAGAUACCCCACUUCCGCUCUUUCCCUCAUGGCAAUAUGAGCCCGACGACUCAUCUCUUGGCCGUAUAACAGCGACUCGUCUCUUUCCACAUGGCUGCGCGAUGCUGCUGACGCCAAGUUUCCUGGUUGCAGAACCGAAACGAGCGUAUGAUUUCCUGAAACUCUUCCUAAAUAAAUCAGAGAACUCCACUCCAGGAAGCUACAAGCUGGUAUGCGCCUUUAACAUCUCCCAAUACAUCCUGGAUCUAGCUAUUAGCAAGGCAUCGGAGAAAGAUGCGUUCGAGAUUGAGCAUAGAGAUAAUCCGGCAAAAGAUGCAAUGCUGAAUGAUGCAGGACUCAGUUUCGCACACUGUGAUCCUCGAAACAAGCUGCAUACAUUGUUUGCACGCCAAGAUGCUAAGGGGUGGUUGGAAAGUCCUAGUGACUCCGACUACUCCGAUUCUGAAUAUAACUUCCAUGAGGAUAGUGUAAGCCCAUUCGUCCUUGUUGAUCGCUAUAUCGACCCAGACGAUGAGCCCGCUAUGAUCGAAUGGUUUGCGGGAUGGUCGAUGCGAAAUUUAGAUAUGUUCAGAAAGUUUGUGGUUAUUGGCACGGGUCCCUCUAGUGCUCGUCGGGCUCAGAGAAUGAAAGAGUUCGUAGUUCCUGUGAACGCAGAGGUGUCUCAGCUAGAGCUAGAGCUAGAAUCUCGAGUUGAGUUCAACGACACCGCAGCUCUAUCCGAGCCUUUGAAUAAUCUUCCAGAGUCGAACUUCCGUCCAUUCUCUCUUUCGAAAAAAGAGAAUUUGGUCCCAGGUCAAAGCAAAAAGUCGUCGGAGGCGAAAAAAACGGCUCUAAACGUGGCCGCUAAACUGACUGCAUUGAGUCCUUACAAAACACCCUUAACGACAUCAUCGCCUGCACAAACAAAUUCGACGAAUCUCACGAACCCUCCAAUACAUCAAGACCAAGUUGGUGAAUCAACAAGACACGGAAUCGAUACGUCUCUUCCUACCUCACAACUUGAGUUCUGCGCCGCGACUGGUGGAAGUGCUAGUGAGGCCGCGAUAUACCUUGACCGCGCACAACACAACGUCAACAAAGCAAUCUAUCUGUACCAACAAGAGAAGGGUGGCUCGUUGGAUCUCGAUUCCCAGAUCUCACAAUUGAUCGCAACCGAAACAAACAAGCCGGGUCCAUUGAGGAUUGCAACUGCUGAAGAGGAUCUAGCUCGCGCAAGAGAACUCUACCGAUCUACAACCUCUUUCAACCCGAACGUCAUGGCAUUCUCUGCUCCCGAAUCAGCUGGAAUUCCUCAAUACGACGGCUCCGGUGACGCUCGAUCCCCUGAAUCCAACGGUGCAGAUGACCGUCCGUCUUCCUCUGGUAGCACCAGCACGACCAAUUCCGGCAUCGCAACCGGCGAGAACGGCCGAAGAUUCGUCCCAAAAAGCACUCGUGCCGAUAAGAGCGUCAGAAAGGAGAUUGCUGUCCGACCAGGCUAUGUCCCCGCCGAAGAUAUUCCUCGCUAUGUCAGUCCAGCUGUUGCUGCAAACCGCGCCGCCAGCCGCACUGCAAGCCUGAGAAGCUCUCCUGCACCGGCGAACAACUCUCCCGCUCGAGCAGUACAAGACCCAGCCGUACAAGAGCCUGAACGCAUGGAUCUCGAUAGCGGUGUUGAUGCUGGUUCUGCUUCUGGAGAGGAGACUCGUAUGGGACAAGGUUGGGGUGGAGACGUAGGCAAGAAGAAGGUUGCGGUCAAGAAGGAGAUUCGCAAGUACACUUUCGAGGAGACUACUGGCUGGUACGAGAGAUACAAGGAGAAGAAUGGUGGCGGUUGGGAGCAUAUCUUCGUUGCAGCUCACGAGGAGGCCAUUAAGAAGUCUGGAGUUGUUUCUGCAGCUCCUCCUAGCAACAAGUAAUGGGCGAGGAUGUGCAAUGGGUGGUGGAAUGGACGGCAAUGGAGGGUGGGGAGCAGGCGUUGGAGGGAUGGACGAUGAUGAUAAUGAUACAUGUAUGAAGUUACGAAACCACGAAAUGGCGUUGCAUGGAAGGAAUUGCUGCAUAUUUGGUCUGCUGCUCGUGGCCUUAUAGCUGCUUGAGCAAACUCGAUACCCUUACGUUGGUUCUGAUACCUUGCGGUAGCUACAUAGAGGCAGAACAGUUGCUAUGAAUCCAUAAUCAUAAAGUCUCCGG